CUGCCUGUGUCUGUGUUUAUUCGGUCUAGUUGAAUGCGGAAUGGCAACAUAAAAGUGUGUCAACAUUGGACAGUUAAAAGAUGCCAUCGACACGAUUAGCGGUCAGCCCGUGGGUCUUUUGUCAACGCAGGACGGUUCCCGUUCUGCUGGUCGGUGUAACCGUACUCGCUGUCUUCGGUAGAUUGGCAGCAGCAGCAGAAAAGCGUGCCUACUUUGGCUGUUACGAGCGCGAUCGCUUUGCCCCGCUGAUGCUGACGACGGAAAAUCUGCAUGAGUGUGUCGACAGCUGUGAGAACAAUUUCCAGAGAUACGCGAUACUGUCCGGUUCGAGGUGCAGCUGCACCAACACACUGCAAACGCGCAUCGUCGAAGACCGCGAAUGUGACCUCAAGUGUGACAAGCAACCGGAGGAAAAUUGUGGUGGAGUAAAUGCGCAAGCCGUCUACGAAACGGGCAUCGAUGUGGCCGGUCCGGUACGGAAUUUACGCAUCGAGGGAGAGCAGCGGGAAGACACGAUAGCAAUCCGUUGGGAUCUACCGGCGGACGAUGGUGUGAUGGUACAUGAGUUUGAAAUCGUUGCCGAGGUGACGCGCACGUACGCUAGCUUCCGGAUAUACCCGGUACGAUGGUCGGUACACAACGUGUCAACCGGAUUCGAGCUGUCCAAUUUACAGCCCGGCACCGAGUACAACAUAACGGUAAUAUCGGUUUCAGCGAAAGGUGCCGGAGGGAGGGUAAGUAUUGCGGGCAGCACCGAGAUCGGACGACCGGAUCCGGAACCGGAAGAGCCCAUCAUUUUGCGCCGGUUUGAAUCGACCAUACUGAUACGAAUUCCGCGAGCAACGAACGAUAACGGCCCGGUCAAUUACUAUCGGGUGGUGGUGCACUAUGUCAACAGUGAGCUGAUCCAACAGAUUGACGAAAGCCAGCUGAAUACGUUCCAGCAGUCGAAGGAAAAUAAGGUACCGUACUAUAUUGCGGCCGAGCUGGAGAUGAAGGAUGACGAAUCGUUGCAGUUCACCGUGGGUGAUGGGCGUGAGUAUCGAAGUUACUUUAAUCCGCCAAUCACUGCCCGCACGCACGUGCACAUAUCGAUCGGUGUUGUGAGCAUCCUAAAUCAUGUAGUAAAGGUCCGGUACGCCACAACAACGCACGAGCAGCAUCAGUAUCCGGACCACCAUCAUGUGAAUUUAAAAACGGUAGAAAUCGAACGCAACGAAACACUCAUAACGAUCCUGACCACUGCCUGCAUCCUUUUCGGAAUCGUGCUCACAGGGGCUAUUAUUCUGUACGUUUACUUGCACUUUAAAACACCCGCUGCCAACACUCGUCCAUUCGGUCCGGACCAUCACGAGCUAACGCUGCAAGGUCCCAUACUGGAAGUGGAGAAUAAUGGCUUUAUGCCGGACAUUUACGAGCAGCGUGGAUUUGAAGCGGAAUUGCGCGAUAUCAUCGAUGGGCUGGAUGGGGCAAAAAAUCACCCCCGGAAGUACCUUAGCCUGGACCUUAAUCGUGUCCUGGGCAGCGGGAAGUAUGGGGAUGUGCUGCUUGGUUCGUUGCAGCGACUAGAGCAAGAUAUGCCGGCCCAGGUACACGUAGUAACGGACGAUAUGGAAAGCGUUGAUCAGAUAGCGUUUUUGAAUGAAUUCCGAAGGCUAACGGCAUUGGAAGAGCACGCAAAUGUGAUCCUGUUUUACGGUGUUUGCGUUACGCCCGACUGGUGCUAUCUGCUGUUCGAGCAGAUGCAAACAACGUUGAAGCAAACGCUGCUAAACGCACGUGUGCCGGUCAGUGCAAACAGCGUCAAAUUUUCGACCGUAUCGGAAGAGAUUGUGGUUAACAUUCUCUGUCUGGUGUGCGAUGGAAUGCAGUUUUUGGCGGACAAUAAUGUUGUGAGUAAAAAGUUAUGUGCCCGCACAGUGUACGUAAAUACCAAAUUUGAGGUGAAGGUGAGUGCUUUCGGACCACCACUGUACACCGAAGAUACGGGCAGCCCGAUAGCGAUCGUACGCUGGCACGCGCCGGAAGUAAUCAAAUUUCAAAACCACUCGACCAAAAGUGACGUCUGGUCGUUUGGGUUGCUGAUUUGGGAGUGUUGCUGUCUCGGUGCCACCCCGUACGGCACCAUCACGACGGAUAAUUUGUUUGCAGCGAUACGUGCCGGCCAGAAACCGGAGCGUCCGAGCUUUAUGUAUGAGGAUCUGUACCAGCUGUGUUUAAACUGUUGGGAUUUGGAUGCGAGCGACAGACCUAGUUUUGACGAUUUACGGCGCUACCUACGCCAAACGUUACCCAUGCUGCGGUAUUUGCUAUCGUUCGAGCGUAAACAUAAUGUUCAGCUUCCACCGUACUUACCACACCUGGAGGCGGCAACUGAAUAG